AUGGAGGACCUCACCUCCAAACUCCAUUACUGGCUAGUCGACCACCCAACCAUCACCAAUUUCCAGUGGAAACCCAACCAAACAUGGGGCGCCUCCCCUCUCUUCCUCUCCAUAACCCUCUUCACCUACCUUCUCCUCACUUUCACCCUCCACCAUGCCCAUCUUCCCACCCUCAAUUCCACCUUCCUCCGCCUCAUCUCCGCCCUCCACAACCUCAUCCUCCUCAUACUCUCCCUCAUCAUGGCCGUCGGAUGUUCCCUCUCUACCUACUCCCAGAUGCCCAACCACCGCUGGAUCUUCUGCUUCCCACCCAAUUCAACCCCUCCACAAGGCCCUGUCUUCUUCUGGGCUCAGAUCUUCUACUUCUCCAAACUUCUUGAAUUCAUUGACACCCUCCUCAUCAUUCUCAGCGGAAGCAACCGACGUCUUUCCUUCCUCCACGUCUACCACCACACUGUGGUGGUCACAAUGUGCUAUGUAUGGCUCUCCACAUCGCAGUCUCUACUCCCGGUGGCGCUUGUUACCAACGCAUCCGUCCACGUGCUAAUGUACGCAUACUACCUGCUGUGUGCACUUGGGUGGCGUCCAUGGUGGAAGGUUUUGGUCACCAACUGUCAGAUUGUCCAAUUCGUCUUCAGCUUCAUGGUGUCCGGUCUGAUGCUGUAUUACCAUUAUACCGGAACGGGUUGCUCCGGAUUCUACGGUUGGUGCUUCAAUGCCGUUUUCAACGCCUCCCUGUUAGCCCUUUUCAUCAACUUCCAUUUCAAGAAUUACGCCAAGAGGAAGAAACCCCACGACAACACUAAAACCAAAAGCCUCUGA